CCUCAACUUUUUGCAGAAGAAGCGCGCGCGCCUGGGAGUGCUCGGGGUCCGGAGCUUGCGGCGGCUGCCAGGAGCGGGAGAGCGAAAAAGCGAGCGAGCGAGCAAGCCAGAGAGAGAGAGAGAGCGAGCGCGGGUCCCCGGCCGCCGCCGCCUCCUCUCCGGUCGCCGCCGCAGCCGCCGCCGCAGCAGGGGAACGGGGCCGGGGGGGAGGGGGGCAGCCGCGGACGCGCGCGGCCGAGGACUUUGCAACUUGCCGGGGAAGGUGGAGGGGCGGGAGGGGGAGGGGCGCCCGCGCAGGAGACCAAGCGCCCAGCCCCGCCGCGGACCAUGGUGCAGCAGGCCGAGAGCUCGGAAGCCGAGAGCAACCUGCCCCGGGACGCGCUGGACACCGAGGAGGGAGAGUUCAUGGCGUGCAGCCCGGUGGCCCUGGACGAGAGCGACCCGGACUGGUGCAAGACGGCGUCGGGCCACAUCAAGCGGCCCAUGAACGCCUUCAUGGUGUGGUCCAAGAUCGAGCGCAGGAAGAUCAUGGAGCAGUCGCCCGACAUGCACAACGCCGAGAUCUCCAAGAGGCUGGGCAAGCGCUGGAAGAUGCUGAAGGACAGCGAGAAGAUCCCGUUCAUCCGGGAGGCGGAGCGCCUGCGCCUCAAGCACAUGGCUGACUAUCCCGACUACAAGUACCGGCCGCGCAAAAAGCCCAAGACGGACCCGGCGGCCAAGCCCAGCGCGGGCCAGAGCCCCGACAAGAGCGCGGCGGGCGCCAAGGCGGCCAAGGGCCCCGGCAAGAAGUGCGCCAAGCUGAAGGCGCCGGCGGGCAAGGCGGGCGCGGGCAAGGCGGUGCAGCCCGGCGACUGCGGCGCGGGCAAGGCGGCCAAGUGCGUCUUCCUGGACGACGACGACGACGAAGACGAUGAGGACGACGAGCUGCAGCUGCGGCCCAAGCCGGACGCGGACGACGACGACGACGAGCCCGCGCAUUCGCACCUGCUGCCGCCGCCGGCGCAGCAACAGCCCCCGCAGCUGCUCCGGCGCUACAGCGUGGCCAAGGUCCCCGCCAGCCCCACGCUCAGCAGCGCGGCCGAGUCCCCCGAGGGUGCGAGCCUGUAUGACGAGGUGCGCGCGGGCGGCCGGCUCUACUACAGCUUCAAGAACAUCACCAAGCAGCAGCCUCCGCCCGCGCCCCCCGCGCUGUCGCCCGCGUCCUCACGCUGCGUGUCCACCUCCUCCUCCAGCGGCAGCAGCAGCGGCAGCGGCGCCGAGGACGCCGACGACCUCAUGUUCGACCUGAGCUUGAAUUUCUCCCAGGGCGCGCACAGCGCCUGCGAGCAGCCACUGGGCGCGGGCGCGGCGGGGAACCUGUCCCUGUCGCUGGUGGAUAAGGACCUGGAUUCCUUCAGCGAGGGCAGCCUGGGCUCCCACUUCGAGUUCCCCGACUACUGCACGCCGGAGCUGAGCGAGAUGAUCGCGGGGGACUGGCUGGAGGCGAACUUCUCCGACCUGGUGUUCACGUAUUGAGGGGCACAGGGCUCCUCGGGAGGCAUUCGUGGCGGUCAGGAUAAAGAGGAUGGCGGGGGUGGGGGGAGGGGAGAAGAUGCUCAUGGUCAGAGAUGUGGAGCAGAGAAAUUGGAAACGGUGAUGAAAUGUUGGUGGAGUUAAAGUGAAAUGAGUAGUUUAAACAGAUUUUCCUGUUUUUUUUUUUUUUAAUUUAAAAAAAAUUUUUUUGGGUCUCCCCACCCUUCCCUUUAUGGUGUCUCAAGGUAGUUGCAUACCUAGUCUGGAGUUGUGAUUUCCCCCACCCCUAAGAAAACGUGUUUUGUAAUUUCUAUAUCUUUUUUUCCCUGAAAUUCGUGAUUGCAACAAAGGAGGAGGGGACCGGGCGGGGGAGGGGAGGAGGCCCGCUGCUCCGGAAGGCGCUGUUUGAAGCUUGUGGCUUUUUGAAGUCUGAAAGACGUCGGCAGAGGACCCUUUUGGCGGCACAACUGUUACUCUAGGGAGUUGAUUUUUUUUUUCUUAAGAGAUCUAAAAAAGAACUGGUGAUUAAAAAACAACAACACAAAAAGGGACCAUUGCAACCUUUUUAUUUUAUUUUUACUUUUUUGGAGGGAGAAAGCUGAUGUCUUCUAUGCAUCCAAUUUCUCAAACUGCAGGGAGCUUGAAAAAAUGCAGUCUGUACAAACGCUUACAAAAAUCAUAACUGUGAACUGACUUAAGAGCAGAGUUUACUUUUUCAGAUCAAAUUGUUUAUGGUUUUACAAAUGUGAUUUCUACUUGGCAACCUUUUUUUGGUAACUCGUUCCCUUAUACCUCCUUGAUUGAAUACCUUACAGCCUAGACCUCAGUACAAAAAGGUAUUGAAACAUUUUUGAUACAUAACAGACCUCAAUCUUUUUUAAAAAUUAAUAUAUUUUCAGGCGUAUUUUUGUACAGUGAAAAGGGAACAAUCUUGCUGUGUUUUUUCAGUAAGACUUUCAGGCACUUCUUCCCUUUUGAUUUUUUUUCCUUUUUCUUUCUUUUAUUUUUUUUUUCCUUUUUUGUUUGUUUUUUUUUUUUUUUUUUAGCAUGCGAAUAUGUUGGUACGUUAUGUCCUGGUUUAAAGGAUUAAAAUUUUAAAAGUAAUCCUUGCAUCUAAAGGCCUUGUGGUUUAAAAAAAAAGCAAACUUUUUUUGUACAGCUAUAGUAGAGAUUUGUUCAAUAUUUGUAGGUAAAGAUUUAUUGAAAAUGGUGACAUAGACCUCAGAGCUGUUCUUAGUUUAAGACUGUAUGUACUGUACCAUAGUAGGACCUAUGUAUCUCAUCGCUGUGAUGUGUGGACGGGGCCCCAGACGGAAGGUUUGAAACUGGAUUCUCGAUUUUUAGCAAAAAGAAAAAAGGAAAGGCACAUAGUUUUAAAUUUUCUCAUUUUGUGCAAUAUAAUCUAAAUAAACAGACCAUUGCAUAUUUAGUAGCAAAUGGUGGCGAAACAGACUCAACGCACUGUCGACAUCACCGCCCGAGUUUUUGUUUUUGUGUGUGUGUGUGUGUGUGCUGAAGUCUGUGUCUUGAUUUUAAUAAAUCAGCAGGAACUGAUAGAAGCUCGCAUGGCCCAUAGUCUCUCUAAGUCUACCCGGGGACCUCGUGGUCGCAGCGCGGCGGCUGCGGGUGGCGGAGGGCAGAUUCCGCUUUUGGAGCCCCUUAGGUUGCGGUUUAGGGGGCAGUCGGGUGUCCUCUCUUCUUACCCCGCCCUGCAUCUCCAACCCCGCUACCGGCUGCGCUCGCGUCCGUGCGUGGUGGGGCCGGGGGCUGGUAUCCACAGGGCUAGGCCCCCGCUUCUGUCUUUGGCUUUUUUUUUUUUUUUUAAUAUAUAUUUUUCUCCCCCCCGCCGCAUCGCUGCGUGUGCGCUCAGGCGGAUGCGGGUGGAGAGGGCCGCGCCCUUUAGUGGUGUCCACGCGGGUGGGGCACAAGGAGAGCAAACGCGCCUAAUGCCGCCUCCACGCUGGGCGGCUCGUGGCUUUGGAGUCCUGAUGGAGCAUCUGCCUCCCGGGCCCGGGCCAGUCCUCCCUCCAUUCCAACCACCCCCACCUCCGCCGCCGCCAGCCCUGUCCCUAGUGGGGUCUCGCGCGCAAGUCCAAGUCCCCGGGGCCACGGCGCCCGCGACCGAGAAGCCAUUCAGCGGCGAAUUGAAACUUGGUGCCCAACAGGACUCUAUAUCUACAGAAACCGUUACUGCUCGGGCGCUGGCCACGGGGACUUGGCCGGCCGGGAUCCAGGUUGGGGCCCCCACGCGAGUCCACGCUGCAGGGUGGAGAGCACGUCGCCACCAAGCGGCGCGAUGGCACAGCGCACGUGGGUGGGGGGGCGGCGUGGCUUUUCCGCGCUUUCCUCGCCCACCCCUCCUCCACGGCGCACUGGUGUGCGCCACGCGGAGACCUUUAAACCGCGAAUAAUCCCACCAGCGGUUUACCGGGGGUUUGCAGUUUCCGAAGCUUAGGGGGAAAGGCAUUCUGAGUGUCUUGAGAUCUUUUAACAUUUGCAUGUGUUUCCUGUUUUCCAUCGGGUGUUUUCUGUGGUGAGGGAAUUAGGAAGGUGUUGAGGAUUUGGUCUCAGAAUGAAAACAUAGCUGUGAUUUGUAUUUUAAAACUAUGUGGCCGAGUUUCUUGGCAGGAAAAUAAGAGACAAGUCCUUGGUUGGCGAUGGGGGGGGGGGGGUUUUUUUUUUUUUUUUUUUAAACCCUGUUAGAACUCAGGACAGGCGCUUGAAUGCGCUUUUAACAAUAUUUAAAGCAGUUUAGACGAAUGCAUUGUGAAGACCAUUCCCAAUGAACUCUUUAUUGAAUGUCUAAUACACAAGGUAUUCCUGCCACUGGCUAGACUUCAAUAAAAGUUUAGCUGCUUUUUUCCCCCCUCCUAAGUAAGUCUUAUUUUUAACUGAGCAUUGACAGUAUCUUAAAAUGGUAACGUGGGCGUGGGCGUUGUGUGCAGAGCAGUCUAGCCAGUUGGGUACCCUGCUCCUUAACUAGUUCACAGACUCGAGUGCAUUUUUGGCGUGAUUUCCAUCUUUGAAGAAAAAAACAAAAAUACCCGAACCAGCGUUCUCUUAUUAAUUCUUUAAGCUGUGGAAAUAAUUUCUAGUUUCUACAUUCUCGAUAUGCAUCCUUCUUAUUAAAAAGAAACAAUAUGAAUGAAAGGCAGUGUGCUUAAAGUGUGCUUUGCAAAUACGUGUUAUGAAUGACUACGGUCACUGGGCAAAUUAUUUGUAGAAUGAUUAGCCUUUAGCUAGAAAAAAAAAUUGCAGCUCUUUUGGGCCUGGAUGGUUCUUUUUAAUGUUAAUGGAGGGGAAGUGAUUUAAAUAUGCAUGCUCGUAGCAGUCAGGAUCUGACUUAGUUGUUUUUGAGAGAAGAAAAAAAUCAAAAGGCAAGGUCUACUUCUUUCUUCUCUGGGAAUUGAAACCACAAUCAUCUAGGGUACUAGGAUGGUGUAAGAAAUGGACAUUUGUUCUUCACUUCAGAAUUCAAAUGAGUUUUGCCCAAGGAAUAUGGGAAACGAGGCAAAUAAGUUGCUCAAUUUUCAAGUAGUCAUUCAAUAGAAAUAUAUUCCAUCACUCAGCUUUUUUAGUCUCUGAUGGGGUAUUAUGUAUAGUCUCACUGUUUUCUCCUAAUGGGCAUAUGUAUCUUUGUGGACACUUGGAAGAGAGGUUUUUCUUGUCCUCUCUCAUUUCUAGAAUCUUUAUACUCUUUCUCCUGCGAGGUUCUCUGCUUUUAACAGAUUUCUGAGGCAACUUAUAUUUGUGCUUUUUUCUUACGUAGGAAGACCAGCGGAAAUAGCUUACUGAGUUGUCGAUUUUAUCAGUAGAUAAGAAACUUUGUUUAUUACAGUUUCAGGGAAGGUUUUUCAGGAUAUUUCUCAGUUAUUCUAAGGGCCAAAUUUUAUAAAAAUUUCCAUUAGGAAUGUCAGUUUCAAAUACCCUUUGUAUAGCCUAUGGCCUGUGAGGAUAACUACCAAGACUGAGCCUUACAUGUGUCCGAACAGGAAUUCAUAAGUCCCCAAAGUAAACGUCUCCAUGUAACGACUCUUGACACGUUUCCUGAGAGUUGGCUUAUUUUAAUUAUCGAUUCUUUCUCACUGUCCAUUCUGGUUGAUUUAUUCUGCCAUAUCUCUUGGUUUGAUGAUCUCCCCGUUUUUUGCUCUUUGGUAACAACUCAGGUUUUGUUUAUGGGUUUUAAAGCCCCCUUUGUGUGACGCUUACAUUUUCAACCACAGUAAAACGUACUGAAGCCAAGCUCACCUCCAUUUCCUUACUGCUGACCCCCUUUACCCUCCCCCAACUCCUAAAAUACCUUCAUUUUUUUCCAUCAUCUUAUUUUUUUUUAACACUACCUAGAUGCAUUAGCUGCCUGAUUAGUUUAUCUAUUCCAUGUGGAUGCAGUGAGUUUAUAAGAGAAUUUCACAAACAAGUAGUUUUUUAGUGAACUUAAACAGAAUUUUAAAGGAGACCUAUUUUUAUACUCAAUAAAAGCACAAAAGUGCAUAAAGUAUAGCAUGGCGUACAAAGGGAAAUCCGCUCAUAACGUUCCAUGUAUAAAAGUAAUAAUUUUCUUGGAUAGCGAUAUUCUUUGCAGACCCAGUGCCUCUCUGCCUGUGCAUAGACAGGAUGGUUUCCACGCACUGGGAACUUCCGGUUGCCGGCACUUGACAAACACUUCACAAGAGCCACCAAGAGCAACAGGCAGGAGCUGAGGUGUGCCCCCGACAGAUCGCAGCCGGCCACUAGGCAACCUGGAUGUGCACACGCAGGAGGCUCCAGUCUUGCUGUUUGAUCAAACUUCUUUUAUGUAGUCGUGUAGACUCCAUUUUUCUCUUCUGUGAAAAAUGACAAAAUAAAGCAAUAUGACAAGUUUGAAAACACAUUUGAAAGAAUAGAAUUUCCUCCAGGGUCCUCAAAGAGAUUUUUCUUUCUUUCUUUUUUUUUUUUUUCCUUUAAAAUUGUGACGCUUAUUUUAGGAGGCACAUUACAUUCCCCCUUCAAAAUCAGAAUGACUGGAAAUAAUCAAAACCUAGCGUAAAAAAAAAAAAAAAAGAAUUUUG